GAGCAGUAUAGAAAUACAAGGUCACGGGUCUCUGAAUGAAUCCGUAUAUAUUCUAUCCAGAGGACAUUGUAGUUAUCCCUAUCUCCGACGAAACCAGACGUUCACGAUGUUACCUCGGACUGUUCUAUUCCGCCUCAACCACAUCCCUCGACCAUUUUGUCACCGCCCAAACAUCCUCGCCCCGACUAUCCGACCGUUCUCUACAUCUCUGCCCCUCUUCAGCUCCAGCUCCAGCUCCAAUUCCAACUCCAACUCCAACUCCAACUCCAACUCCGAUUCACAACCAGGACGUAAAGUGGAUGACAGCGAGGGAAAAAGGGAAAGACCGAAAGCGACGCAUCCUACGAAACAUAAACCUCGUGCCGUGUCCUCUGGCAGGCCGGUAGCGGAGCAUACCAAGGAAGACGAGAAGAAGCGGUCGGGAUUGCCAGAGCAGCCUGAUGAGACCGUUCUAUCGAGCAUGCAAGCGCCGCAACUGUUCACUCUCGGUGAGCGCACCGUCGUCAUCACCGGCGGCGGUCGCGGACUGGGCCUGACCGUGGCCCAAGCGCUCCUCGAAUCCGGCUCCCACGUCGUCUGCCUCGACCUCUUGCCCGAACCGUCCGAGCCCCAGUGGGGCAAUGCCGCGAAAUACGCAAAGCAGCAAGGGUUGAGGCUCGAUUACGUCGAUUUGGACGUGACGGACCAGGACGAGGUCAAGCGCGUUUUCAAGCAGGUAUUCGAGUCUGCCCCGCCGCACGCCCCCGUCCGCGGUCUCUUCACGUCGGCCGGGAUCCAGGUGAUGAUGCCGGCGACGUGUUACGAUACCGCCAAGUUUCGCAAAGUCAUCGACGUCGAUCUGACGGGUACGUUCCUCUGCGCCCAAGCGUUUGCGCAUGAAUGGUUUGAACGGCAUCCGAAUAUCGAUGGUGCAGCGGGUGUAAAGGGAGCGAGUAUAGCGAUGACGGGGAGUAUGAGUGGGCAUAUUGCGAAUUUGGGGAUAGAGUGUGCGGCGUAUAAUGCGAGUAAGGCGGGGGUUAUACAGCUCGCGAAGAAUUUGGCGCUCGAGUGGAGUAGGAGGGGUAUCAGGGUGAAUACCUUGUCCCCAGGCUAUAUCCGAACAGCUUUGACCGCGGCUCAACUCGACGAAAAGCCCGAAUUGAGGGAUAUCUGGCUUAAAGGGUCUUUACUCGGUCGACUUUCUACCCCUGAUGAAUUCCGAGGGCCGGUAGUGUUCCUCCUCUCUGACGCAAGUUCCUUCAUGACAGGUGCAGACCUCUUGAUAGACGGGGGACAUUGUGCGACAUAGGUGUUUUUUAUUGUGUAUCCUGCAUUCUCUCCUCCAUCUCUUAUCGCUUCCUCGUCUCUUUUGCAGGGGUGCAGGGAAGGAAAACGGAGUGGGAAAACAGAAUGGAAGAAAAGAAAAAGAUUUGGAUGUAGCGCAAUAUCUUUUUUUUUUUCUUUUUCUUGGUUAUACAAAGAAAACUGAACGGAACAAUCGUAGAAAGAACUAGAUCACGAAAUUGAAAAGAAAAUGCAAAACUGUCAUGUAGUCCA